AUGCGUCUUCACUUCUUUAAUUCCGGUCAUAGGAAACUCGAAACUGGAUUAUUGCCCUGUCCCCUUUUAACGCCGCCUACACAGGCUGAGGGCAGCCUGGUGGUGAAAUGCAAAAUCCCAGCUCCACCACUAAAAAGAAAAUCAACCAAACAGCCGGACAGGGAAUACGGGCAAAAAGUCCUUAUGGGUGAUAUUUUGAGUGAUCCAGAGUUUACAGUAAGGUUUUCAGUAGGUGGCAAAAGCUUUUGAGUAGGUGGAGAAGGAAUAAACUUGUGCCGAAGGCGCAACUUGCAAGCGCCAAGGGGGCGAAGUUUCUAGAGGAGUACGGAGGCUAUCCCCCUAAGGAAAAUUUUGAAAUGUGGGCCUCUUAGAAUGCAUCUCAAGCAUUCUGGAGAAAAACUUAGAGUGUUUAAACAGAACACAGAGGUCAUUAAAGGGGCUGUGUCACGGCAGUCCAGUUCAUUUUGUUUAAUUUUGCCAAUUUCUCACCCUCAAUAGCUAUGAAACUUAAAGUAAGCAAAGAUCUUACAUGAAAAUGACAAAAUCAAAGAUUGGAAACAAACAAAUAUGUCUCCUGAGAAUUAUUUUUGAAGUUGCAAGCAGCAGGGAUCAACUUUGAAAAACUGCUAGGCUGAACAGUUUUCAAUUUCAAUCCAUUUCAAUCUUCAGUUUUGUUCAUUCGUGGCAUCUGUUGCUUCUGUUAUGUUAUUUUAACCGUCCUUUAAAGUUUUAAGCGGUUAUUUUUAUGUUUCUCUUAAUUUAACGGGCAUUUUGUAAUUUCCUAAUUUGGCUGAAUUUCGUGAGACAGCUCCUUUAAAUCUUUUUGGCUUUUUUAUUCAGUGACAGCACAUGAAUACUGCAUAUUUUUUGUUAUUUUCGUCUUGCCAAUACCUAUGAACCAUUGGUUAUUUCAGUAUCAAUUUUAAAAAUUGAAAAAUUAAGAGUACCAGUUACAUCCGUUUAUACUGACCAUUUUUACAGCUAGUAGACUUUAUAAUUCAAGAAAGUUUUAUAAAAAUUUCUCCACACUAAUACACUGCUACAUAUUGGUAUUGGUGAUAGGAACCCUCGACUCCUUCAUAGCACGGUUGGGCUGCCUGUGGGAAAAUCAACUCGCGUCAAGCAUCUUUUGCCAAGCCUGCGAAAGCAGACGUCUUUCGAGUCCUCGCUUCGGAAUAAGCUUAGUCUGCGUUCGCAGGCUACCUACACUGUAUAGCCGUCCCUUAGAAGAACUCCGGUUAAAGAUAUAUUAAUGCAUGUGACGUUCUUCUCGAAAUCAAGAGUCUUUGCGUUCCUUGUGGGCUGUAGUAUCUUUGGAAAGUGUUAAAAGAUAUCCAGUCACUACCUCUUGCCAUAAACUUGCCGCGUACCAGGCUGGAAAAUAUUGCAAAGUUAUCAAACCAGACAAGUUCCAUUGUCGACUACUAUAAUCCCACGGACAGGCCUUAAAAUAUCUAAGAAGCAUACCACAGCUGAAUUCCCAUAUAUACACCCAUAUAACGUAGAGGAAUCCUCGUACAGGCAUAGGCAAAAAUGGCUUGUCCUUCCAAAGCAAAUAGAGCUGUUCAAUGAUAAAGCUGCCGAAACCAUACAUAAAAAAUGACCACAGCGAUGAGUGACCUCGAAAACUCCAGUCUAUGAAGUUAGAUUCAGCGAAGUUCAACAUUGAAGUAAAAAGUAUUUCGUCAAAAAACCCAUGAAGGCCGUAAAAGAACAUUCGCAACCAGACAUUCACUGUCAUCGAUCAUCUUGAGCAGAAAACAGAUCAAAAGCUGCAGGCGCGGGUCUCCUUUGGAGUCCUGGGGUGAGUUAUGAUUCUGAAAACAAAGAUGGCGACGGUGCGUUGUUUCUUCCUUUUUAGUCGCAUAAAAACGUUUUGUUCGUAGCAGUUGAGGUCAUUUACUAUGGCAACUUGGCCUGAAGCAAAUCAGAAGCGUCCACACGUGCGGUAAGAGGAGCUCGAGGAUAAAAAGAUGUUGUGUUUUGCGCUAAGCCGAUGCCAACCUUCAGAUAACGAAAGUUUAAUUUAAGCUCAGUUAAGCUAAACAGAAAAGGAGAAGGUGUCCUCAAAAUUGCCAGGGGCCGUUUCGAGGAUCUGGUGUAGCGAUCCUGCUUAUAAACGUGCAACAGACGAAGUAUUCAAGCGUCUUCAGCGGCGAAGACCAUUCCCCACACUGGCAGACACCAUCCCUGCCCCCUACCCUCCCCCCCUUCACUUAUGUGGGGUCUGUCUUCACAAGUCCAAGCACCCUCUAGGCUCUUUGUUCAAUCUUGAUCCUUUAUUAAAAUAAUGGUGUCAAAAAUUAAUUUUUUGAAAUGAACUGCGGGGCUUUUUUAUUUUGUCUGUAGAAAUGCAACAUUGGAGUUAACAGUAGACAACAGAAUCAGGAGUUCCAAAAGUAAACACUCAAAUGUCAGACACACAGCAUUCAACAAUUUAGCUCUUUCUGUGGAACAAGAUGGGCAAGCACUUAGUGAAGUAUCGUCAUUCGCAGAAUCAUUACGUAGCCAGCCUGGUGAACUACAGGUGUCUGUGGCUUCUCAUACCUCUGCAGCAGGGGUAGGUUUUAUUAAAUAGUAUGAUUCUGUAUGGGAUUGUCAUGUUAAACACAAAACAAAUAUUCACUUUAACUAUGCACUUCUAAUAACUUAGUGCAAAAUUCAAAAUAUACUGCAGGGGCACCUAAUGACGGUUUUCUGUAAAAAUUAAUAUCUGUUCGGAGAAGCAAAUAUUGUCUAGAGGCUUCUAUAGCUUUAGGAUGGCUAAAAAUUUCUAAUUGAUCGUUCCAUUCAUGUACAAUUUUCGACACGUACCUAUUUUUUCCUACGAUUUUCUGAAGUUUAAUUUGGCUACGCAUAAAGAAUUAAGAGAAUUAAGGCUUAUUUGCUUGCAUGCAACAACAACAACAGCAACAACAACAACUUUAUUUCAGUAUUCCCACGUUAGUCCGUGGUAUUACCUUCUAUUCUAAACAAUUUUCAAUACAUACGUUUCAUUUAUACGAUACUCUAACAAAAAAAGUGUGCUAAAAACGCACAAUUAAAAUAUCAGAGUUCAUACUUUUUGUCUAGACACUUUCAUUUGGCUCGUGGAACAAUUUUGUCCAUGUAAAGCUCACUUACGGUUUGCUGUUUGCCAUAUUGGAUCAGAUUGGAUCUUGACACUGUGGCAUGAAACAUAGAAACAUUAUAAAGAUGUAAGUUUAGAUAACAGAGCUUGGAGAUCAAGCUUGAAAUGUGACACAAAGAAAACAAGGACCAUUUAAGAACGAUAAUCUGCAAAAUUCUGGUUGCUAAACGCAACAAACCUGAUUGAAAUGAAAGUUAAAUACUCACGUUCUCACCACAACGCCAAACAGACCAGUUUCACGUCGCCGACGGGAGCACCACGGCAAUGUGGUGAGCAAGAGCAUGCGCAAUAUUGCACAAAUCAUAACAUCUCUUCGGUUUGAAGUUGCCGUUGCCCCGAAAACGUCUCCAUCUUAAGUUCCAUAAUAUCUCUUUUGACGGUUUUCUUGUACUUGUUUAUGAAACACUGAACAAUGAUAGUACUACUUACAGUAGUAGUAUUAUAAUAGUACUAUACUAUCUUCUUUGAUAUGGGUUUGGGACACGUCUGUAUUUUUUGUUGUUGUUGUUACUCUAUCCAGGAGCCCAUAACUCAGAGCGAGCAACUUCCUUGUGCCCAUGCAAUGGCAUUUCAAGAGGUCAAUAUAUUUUUAGAUCUAGUUUCCUGCAAAUUUUGACAAUAAGUCAGCAUAAACCAGAGACAUGAAAAUAGUAAUUCUUAUGAUUUGCAAGCAUUUACUUUUUUUGUCAUUAUUGCGCUAUGGAUGCAUACACAUACAGAAUAUUGAUGAUUCCAUUUUUGCAGUAAAAAUACUCCAAAAUGAUGCUUCAUGUGAAGAUAACUUGAUCUGUGAAAACACUGCACAGGUUAAUAUUUGGAGUUGCAUGUUGCGAUUUAUGGGCUCCUGGUCUAUUAUUAUUAUUGAUAAAUAUUUAUUAAUUUAUUUAUAUACUUUUUUUUCUUUUUUAUGGGGUAAGUGCACCUCAUAGAUAAUGUCAAGGUAACCUUUGAGAAUCGCUAUAUAAACAUUCUUGUCUCAGUGAGGUGGCUUGUAGAAUGUCUCUCUGUUUCUCCAGGAAAAUUCCUUUUAGGAGGGGAAUGCAAAAGUUUUUCUUUACCAUUUCUGUAUAACAAACAUUCACAAAUGGAGAACAUUUUUUUUUCUUUGAACAUGUCACUGGAUAUAUUUCUUUCAUGGAAUAUUUCUUAAGAAACCCUGUUUAAUACCCUAUAAAGCUCAAGAUUGAGGGUUGUUGUGUAACAGAAAUUCCAUAAGGGUUCAUAUGGGGAAUUAUUUGGCAAUCAUUCUUUAGGGUACAAAAGUAACAAAAUGAAAAUACAUCAGAACACCUUACCUUGUCUCCUUGUUUUAUUGUAUUUGUUUUUUUCAGCACAAUUCCAGAAAGUUUCAGUUCUGUCAGUAUUCUCACUAAAAUCCCUGUACAAACUGUUAUAAUAUUUCUGUCAUGCAACAAUGAUCUCUAGGUUGGGGUGCCUGUGGUGUAAAAGUCAGGGUUGUCAGAAAGUUUUGAAGUAGAUGGCUGAGUUGUGAAAGUAAGCGGCCAGUCUAGGGAUAUUUUACUUAAAAAACGCCAUCCGUAAAGAAAUGUCAAGCAGAGGAGCUGGCCAAUAUUAACCAAGUAGGCGGCGAUUUUCGCUGGCAGCCGGCUACUUUUGACAACCCUGAGAGUAUUGAUGUUGCUUAUUUUCUCGGCAGUCUUAUUCCAUUCUCAGAAGAAGCAGUUAUGUGUCCAUUGGCUGCAUCAGCCUGUUGGUUACAUUUCUUCUCCUUGUCAGUGGAGGAAUCUUGGUGGCCAUCUAUAAAAAGAAAAAUUACCAUAGAAGUAUGUACAUCUUUAAGUCUGUAUGAUUAUAAACAACUUUUUCUGUGCAUGUGUGUUGAUGAUGAUAAAUAUCUGUAUAGUGAAAGCUCCUAUCUCCAUUCAUGAGCCUCUCUUUGGAUAUCUGCAGACAUUGCUCUCAUUGCCUCAUUUUCCAUCAAAUAAAUAUUUGUUGAUUUUUCAACAAAGUCAAAAAUAUUAUUGUUUAGCACGAUAAAGCCACUAGUGAGCUUGAGCAACCGCCAUGGUAGUGAUGGAAACAGGAAAAUAAAAAAGCAAUAGGUUAAUUAGCAAAACAAAGAAAUGUGAAUGUGCCUCACACCUUUUCGUAGAUCAGUGUGUCAUUACACAACUAAAUUUGUUAACCUUGAUCAGAAUCCUGAAUGGCAAUGCAGUCUACACUUUAAUCUAUAAGAUUAUCAUUUCAUGAAUAGCAAUUGUUGCAACUUUGGUGUCAUCAAAAAUAACAUUCAGAGUCUUACUCGUCCCUUUCAAGUGAUCUCUUUUAUGGUCUAGAUGAACUUAUGCUAUCAUUUGGUAAUAAACCUGUAGCAGCAGCAGAACACUUAUGAACUGUGUCCUUUUCCACAUUCGAUUUAUAAACAAUAUUGAUGUUCCUGUUAGGUACAUAAAAUUGGCAACUUUAGUGUACACAUGUUUACUGGGUUCCCGACAAAGUAAAAUGUUUCUUCCCAACAUUAAUUUUGUAUGUUUUUCAUUAUAUCCUCCAUAGCUGUGAUAAUAGCCUGUGAGUUGCUAAGGGCAGCAGGAUUGUUUGGUUUUACAGGUAUGAAAAAUGACAUCUUUAAUUUUUUUUUCUCAGUACUGUCAUUUCUGACAACUCUGUAUUGUGGUAUGAGGUUUAAAACUCAAAGGAUUAAGAUGUUAAAUUAAUCUUAUGGUGAAUUAAAAGGGGUUUUGUUCACAUUUUCUCACACAAUAGUUACUUGCAUGGUAGAUAUUGACCACGACGUUUCAACUAUGUGCUGCACGUCUUCAUCAGGUGAUAGUGUUGAUUUACUGACUACAACUAUUAGUACCCUUGUUUGCUAGUGAUUGGUGUAUCACUAACCCCACUUGGUUGGUGGGUUUUGACACUAUCGACUGAUUAAGACCUACAGUAUGAAGAUGAAAUGUCACUUUUCAGAGAAUUGAUAAACAAAACCCUUUAUUGACAUAUCCCCAUGAAAAAAUUCAUAAGAUGGCAUAAGUAUAAUUUUUUAUAUUUUUCUUUAUUUUUAUCAUUAACCUAACUGUAAAAGUAGAAAAAAUUUUUUUCUGCCAGUGCCACUAAUUUAAAAGACAUAGUGUUAAAAGGAAAUAGUACUUUAAAGUACUAGUGUCUUGCCUUUUUUUAGCUGGAGCAACAAACUGGUUAGGAAUUAAGCUGAUCUUCAACAGAAUUCCUGGAGUGUUUUUCAGGUAUGAUAAGACAAUCUAUGUAGCAGAUUUUGCUGAAACGAAAGAAAGUGGGAGACUUUUAUUUUGUCUAUUUUUUUUUCAUGUAUUUGUAGUACAGCUCAUGGCUGCCAUGAUCCUCUAAGAAAAAAAAUCAUUACUUUAGGGAGGGAAAAAUCUUUGACCUGUUAAAUGAGACUUGCUCAGCUUCAACUUUAACAUUAUUUCAAGAUUGCCCAAAGGGAACAGUGAAUGAAAGCGAGACCAGCGGACAGUUCUAUAGCUUCUUACAUGUUGUUAUGCCAGAAGCAGAGGCCCUUUGAUCUUCAUAGAUGAGUCUGGAAGAGGAAGGGGGUCCCUUCCUCUUCUGACUUAUUUAGGAAUAUUGAAGGGCCUCUCCUCACAGGGUAACAUAUAGUAGGCCUAAUAUUUAAAUUGUUUUGUUAGUUACAAGGUUCACACACACCUUAAAAGUCCUUAAAAGUCCUAGAAUUUUAAAAUAAAAAUUCGUGGCCUUGAAAGUCCUUGAAAAUUGCAGUCGCUGCUGGAAAGUCCUUGAAUUUCAAUGCAAACUUUAUAGUGUGUGUAGAACUCCAAAGAGAAAGGAGCAAACACAGAAAGACCUUCAGAAUAAAAUCGCUCAUGUUGUGGAAGAACUAAAAAAGAUGUAGACUCAAGGCUCUUUUUUGCACUGAAUGGAGUCGUUGAAAAAUGGGAGAUGUGUCGUUGAAAGCCCUUGAAUUUUUUGCUCAAAAAGGGUACAAACCCUGUAGUUAAUGAAACUGAGCUUAGAGUUAUGACUUAACAUAAGUCAAAGACAAUUAAAAGUUUUAUGUUGCUUUUUGGCUUCAUUAGUAGUUAGCGGUGCUACAAAGUAAUAUUGUUAUCAAGUACGGAGUUCUGAGGAUCAUUAAAUUUUAAACCUGAUUCAGGAAGACUGUUAAAACAAAGAUGUUACAAGUUACGUUUAUUUUUGUAGUGUUACUUAUUGUAUCCUGAUGUCUCUUUGACAGUGGUGCUAUCACCAAACACUUUACAGUUGCCAAGAAACUGAUGGCCAAUUUUGUUUUGGACGGAUUUUUCAAUCCAUUACAAGUGAAGAGAUAUCUAUAUGAUAAGAUUCAAAACCAUUUAACUGCAGAGUACAUUGGUAUGUGUUAUCCAAGUUGAGAUUAUUAUUGUUGAGAUUAUUAUUGUGAUUCAGUUAAGCACCCACCAUAUAGGUAAGAAAAGGCAAUAAGAGCCAAGCCUCAAGUAAGCGCCCAGCCCCAAACCCCUCCCCAAAAUUGACCUUACCAACGAUGAGAUUGAAAUUGACCAAAAUUUAAUACAGUCAAACACUGCUUUAUGAACACCCGCUCAAUAUGGACACGUCGUCAUUAUGGAAGUUGCUUUUUCCAUGGAGAAAUAAAGCCUUUACAUUUUCUCUAAAUUCAACCCGCUUAAUAUUUACACCUCGUUAAUACAGAAGGGGUCAUAGUAAGUGUUCGUAUUAACAGAGCUUGACUGUACUACUGGAGAUUUCCCUGAAGACAGAGUUUACACUUUCAAUGAUCAGUUAAAAUGAUGAAUUUUUUGUCAAUAACGUAACCUUUUACAAUCAUUGACUUAACAGCCACUGCACAGCGUUUGCGGACGUUCAUCAGUGAUAUCCUGAAAACCUUAUGUUUUAUGAAAAUCCAGCUACAUGGAUAGAAUGUCAUAGAAAGAGACAAAAAGUGAAUGGGGAGAAAUCAAACAGAAAAUGAAAAGUUAUGCGUGGAGCUAUAAUGAAACAGAAUACCUAUCUAUUUGCAUUAAGAACAUAAGCAGAUUGACAAGCUGUAAACAAAGUUUAGGAUAGGAUUUCCUUGAUUUUAUCUUUUCCCCAAAUGUUAGCUUUUUGUUUGUUUGUUUUUUGGAAGAUCUGCUGUAGGUGAUGAAUUAGUUGAAUAGAGACUUUUUUAUUAACACCUGAUGGUUUUUGUAACAGAUAAUCAGCUGGAUGAACUUCUUAAUUCUUCAGGCGUAGAAUCCAUCAUAGAUGAGCAGUUAGAAGCGUUUAUGGGCUCAGCUGAAGGUUUUUGAUUGCUUUGUUUAUUUCUCCCUUUUUUUAUUCCCUUCCUGAGUUCAGUUAGUUAAAAUGUGGAAAGGCACAUCAAUAUUGUACCUAGAACCUUGAUUUAAGUGGUGGCAUUUUUUCGGCGGUCCUCUCAUGAAUCGCCGUUGGCUUAUUAGGCAUUUUGCUGCCUCAACAACAACAAAACACUCCUGGUCCUCUCUAGCUAAGCCGUAUAUAAGCAGCUGUUUACUUUCCAAAGCCAAGUUCAUAGCAUUUAGAAUUAAAGAUGGAACUUAGUAUAGUUUAACAAAAGGAUCAAAACAGUCCAAGUUCACAAACACUGAAAAUUCAUGACACAAAGGCUAAGAACAAUAAAUGAAACACAGAACGAGGAAGUAGAGUUUGGGAAGAGGCAAAGAUUAAAGAAUGGAUGGGAUUUUUUGUGUUUAUGCUCCACCUCAACAACAACUUGUAAAGUUCGCAGGAUUAGCUCAGUCGGUAGAGCUCUUGACUACAGAGCGGGAGGUUGCGACAACUCACUUUGACUCCAAAGAAGAUAGCUAGGGUCUUAAAAUGACUGAGAAAUGACGGUACUACCUUUGCCCUGCAAAUGGCUAGACCUUUGCGUGGCUCAGAUGAUCACGUAAAAUGGUGGUCCCGUCUCCAGUAGGAGACGUUAAUAUAGUGUCCCCAAUUAGCACGAUCGUGCUAAAGACAUUGACGCUCAAAUAAACUGCAUUCUUAAUUUUUUAAUUUUAUUUUUUUGGUAAGCAGAGGUAUAUAAGUGCGUGUAUAAUUAAACACGGUAUAUCUAGCUAGGUUUUGAUGUAGAAAGUAGUCGCCAGAAUAAAAAAAUCUACUUUUUUUUUUCAGGUCGAGACACAGGUAGCCCAAGCUCACUAUGAGAGCCCUGAACAACAUUAUCCUACUUAGCUAAUUAAUUACUCAUACAGCAAGAAAAUUAUAAGACGUUGUAUGGAGAAAUAUUCUUUGCUCACUAAAUUAGCAAAAUGUACAUUGAAUAUCGCUUUGAAGCUUACCUUUAGCGUCUUCUUGUUUUUCUUUGUAUUCUGACUGCAUUUCAGACCUCCUAGGCACUGUUUAAGGCCUAUUUUGGAGCGACAGUUUUUCACCCAGAUGACAGCUCCAAAAAAGGCCUUAAACAGUGCCUAGGAGGUUUUACUUCAGACAACUGUCAUUGAUUCGGGGGGUGAGGAGAUUUACGGCGUUUGAAAGGAAUUAAAUAAUAAAUGAAUUAAAUGUUUUAUAAAAGCACCCGUUUUAAACAAGUGUAUCAACUACGUUUGUCCCUGAUUGUAUUUAUAUGAGUAGAAAGUUUUGUAUUGGCUUUGUUGUUUUUUUUUUCUUUUUUUCAGGCUUUCUUUUCCCAACCGCAUAAGUUGCGUCUCAACUACGAUGAUGUUUGCGUUUAUUUUGACAUUGCUUCUAAUUAUAGGCCUUAGACUACGCAUGCUCGGGAUCAGCAAAGCUAAGCUAAAGCCGAUAGUGAGACCACAUCUUAUGAGUAUGAAGACAACUAUUGUACCUUUGGUAAGACGCAACUUUUUAUAAAAAAAAAAUUCAGUACAAGCUAUUACAGUUGCUCUUUCAAUUACAAAACAACUUGCAGCCCAAACUAUUUCAGUUAUAUUUUUGUGUAUACUGGUGUUUUUGUUUCAGUUACUGUCUUCUUUAGAGUCGAUGGAAUUAUUGAAUGCUGAACAUCUAAGAGAACAAGUACGUGUCUUAAAAUCACAUCUUAACGUCGCUUUACACUUAGUGAAUUUGAUUCCUGAUCACUGUCUAGCAACAACGUAUCGUUUACAUUUCUGUAAACUCCUCAAGAGUGUGAUAGGUUGGUAUUUUGUUGAAUGCCCAGACUUCCAAGGGAUAUUAAUAAUGACUGCUGUGUGUCCAAAUAUUGUUUUGAGAAGUACUUUAAAAACUUAAAAUCUACAUAAACCAGAAAAGCAGUGCAGUCGUAAUAAAAUGAUCUCAGGUGAUCUCGACACCACAAUUUAAACACUCAGAUAAAAACAUACUCCAACCACUGCCGUGGUUUGGGCGGGAAAGGAUAAAAAUAAAAGCCCGUGUGUUAGAAGCUAUUUAUAAGAGUAAAUGCAGUUGUGGAAUACCAUUUUAGCUGCAAGUGUCUGUCCCUUAAGCCAAUAAAAUGCAGGAAUAACAGCCUCACGUUACCACUCUCCUUGUAAAUUUUUUUUAGCACAACCGUUGGUCGUUUUUGCUCAGUAUUUGUUAAAGUGCUGGUAUUUUUCUUCCAACUGCUAGAUUGUAGACCUGAUAUUAACAAAGACCCAAGAGCUGUCGGCAGAGCAGCUUAAAUUUGUAAGUAAACAGUCUCCACUGAUGUUAACUGACCAGGAUUUUCUUUAAGGGAGGUGGUGUAAUCAAGUAACGAACUCAUUGAAGAGUCUAGCUAUUAUCUGAAUACUUGAGCCCAUUUUAUGAAUGGUGGACCAAAAACAGUAGAAUAAAACUUAAAGUUAUAUACGGUCAAUUUAAGUGCCUCCUCAUUCAUUGACUUCCUUUUGGGCCAUGGCGAUGAAGUUGCGAAAACGUGCGACGAAAGUCCCAAAUGUUUGAGCGAGAAGUCGCCCGAAAAAGCAACGAAAUUUCCGCGAAAACAAGCAUGUCUGACGGAUGGUCCCACCAAAACGGAAUUCUAGAGAGUCUACGUCCUUUGCAACACUCGUGUUUACUUGACUAUCCAUACAUUUGUAUGUGGUUUGUUAUUCCCACUGCACGUGACUCUUGCCACGUGGUUCUCUUCCACGUGACUCUCCUUAUUUGUCCAGCUCAUCAGGACGUGGUUCCCUUUUGACUUGAUUAAGACGUCUUUCAAAAGCACGUGACUUUCCUUAUUUGUUCAGGUGGUGAAAGCGGCAGUAUACAGCCAUUUGAGUUGGAUUGUUUUCUGGGGAAGCGUGUUAGGAGCUAUUGUCGGAUGCCUCGCAGAACUCGCCUCUGUGUAUGUCAAAGGCACGUGA